UCCGCCCUUCGCAGUUGUUUGGGUGCAGCGGCGGUCCUUCCCUCCGCUAACGUCACGGCCUUGAAUCCCUGCGGGUACUGCAGGGCGACAUGGCUGCCCAGAAGAUCAACGAAGGCUUGGAGCACAUCGCUAAAGCGGAGAAAUAUUUGAAAACUGGAUUAUUGAAAUGGAAGCCAGACUAUGAUAGUGCAGCAACUGAAUAUUCAAAAGCAGCUGUUGCUUUUAAAAAUGCUAAACAAUUUGAUCAGGCAAAAGAAGCCUAUUAUAAAGAAGCUCUCUGCCAGGAAAACAAUAAAGCGCUCUUCCAUGCUGCAAAAGCUUAUGAACAAGUCGGCAUGAUGUUAAAGGAGAUGAAACAACAUCAUGAUGCAGUGGAAAUGAUUCAGAGAGCCAGCAUGAUGUACCUGGAGAAUGGAACACCUGACACAGCAGCUAUAGCCCUGGAUCGGGCUGGGAAAGUAAUAGAAAAUAUCAGUCCAGACAAGGCUAUACAACUUUAUCAGCAGACAGCAGCAGUGUUUGAAAAUGAAGAACGUUUACGACAAGCAGUUGAAAUGUAUGGAAAAGCUUCAAGGCUUUUAGUCAGAGGUCGCAGACUAGAUGAGGCUGCAGUAUCUAUUCAGAAGGAAAAGAGUCUUUAUAAAGAUAUUGAAAACUAUCCAACUUGUUACAAGAAAACUAUUGCUCAGGUCCUAGUUCAUCUUCACAGAAAUGACUAUGUUGCUGCAGAAAAAUGUGUCAGGGAAAGUUGUAGCAUACCAGGCUUCAGUGAAAGUGAAGACUGUGCCGCAUUGGAGCAGCUCCUAGAGGGGUACGAUCAGCAAGACCAGGACCAAGUAUCAGAUGUGUGCAAUUCACCACUCUUUAAAUACAUGGACAAUGAUUAUGCCAAGCUUGGCCUCUCAUUGGCUGUCCCAGGAGGAGGUGUGAAGAAGAAAUCCCCAGUUACUCCACAGGACAAAGUGGGUGAACCAGGUGAAGCAGCUUCCCGUGGAAAUGAGGAAGAUGACGAUUAUGCAAGUGGACUGCUGUAACUCCACUACAACUCUACUCUUAAAUAUCAACAUAGCUGUUUCUGGCAAUGAGCAAUUCUGGAAGCUGCCGAAUUGCCAUCACUUCAUUGUAAUCAGUAAAUUGGAAAUAUAACAAUUUGUCUGCUUCUGAGAAACUUGUACAGAAAGCAUGGUUGUACAUCUCGAAGUCUUCUUGAGUUACAGUCCUACAUCUUUGCAGUGCAUCUGCUUUAAUAAAGAAUUUUGAGUAUUACAGUCUUCCCUUCAAAAGGGGAAGUGGGUUUGGAUGAUGGCAUUUACCUUCAGAUAAUUCUCUCUAGAUGUCUAGUUUCAGGGCCUAUUGCUUCAUGCUCUGAUAUUCCUGGGCAAGGUUGGAGUUCAGGCCAAGGAGUGUUAAGCAUUUUUUUGAACAACACUCACUAAACAGUGUGGAACACCUUAAACUAUGUUGGCUAUCCCUUUUCCCAUAUGACCCUAAUAUUUUCUGAAACAUAAUGUAUGCAUAAUAUAUAUAGAAGGUUUAUGGGCCAGUGUCGAGAAGGCAUAAUCAGUUCUUUAGAAGCGGAAAUAGUGAAAACUAGUUUUCUGAGUAACACAACACCUCUAUAGAUAAAUUGGAAACAAACCUUGUUUUCUUUUGGAUAUCACAUACUUUAGCUAUGGAAUCUUCAGCAUUUCUGGGCAAAAUAGGACCCCACACUCAUUGGUAUGCAAAUGAUAUGCUUUCCAUAUUCAGAGAAUAUCUAGAAAUAGAAAUAGAAUAGAAAUACUUUAUUGUUACUGUACCACUUGUUUACAGUGAGAUUGUAUGAGCCCCCCCCCCCACAAUCUCUCAGUCCUUGUUAUACUCGUGUGUGCUGUUGUACGACCACCAACCCCGAACGUCAGCUGCAAUGUUGCUAUCUUCCAUUCAGCAGCCUCACGGCCCAUGGGUAGAAACUGUUCUUUAACCUGUUUGGUGUGGUUCAUAACAUUAUGAACUUGCAGAUUUUCCAGGGAGAACUUGCCACAGGAGAAGGAUCUUGAAAUGUGUUCAAUAACAUUCCUAGUAGCUUUCAGUUGUGUUGAUUCAACAUCAUGAACACAAUUCCCUGUUAAUUGCAUCCCUUGCCAUAGGGUAAUGUUUACUUUCAUGGGUAAUUCAAAUACUGCUGUUUUUGUCAAGUGUAGACUUGCACUAUUACAUAUUGUGUGAGGAAAGGAACAUGGCUGUAAAACACUGCUGUUUUCUGAGGUGUAAGGAGGGGGGGAAGAGACAGUAAAUUCUUAAAUCACACAUUCAGACGUUUAUGGAGAGAUGUUUGUAACCCAGUGAGUAUAACAGUUUUGAACUAGGCCCACUUCCUAUUUUCAUGGUGCAUGGAAAUCUUCAGGGAUAUAAAAUGAAUUUGUGUGCAAUGAAACAUUAUUUUUACAAAGGAUUGCAAUGACACUUUCAGAAUUGAAAUUUGUGAAGUUGAGUGUAACUUAAAAUGCGUAAUGUCUAUAUUUUUUGACCUACUGACCUUUAUUUUAGCUGGCAAAAAUGUAAUGGAAACCCUAGUAUCUUUAUUAAAUGUUAAACAGUAAUCAGCACUUUCUGAUAAUACAUGUUUUAGUGUUUGUUUCCCAAAGCACUGUACACACUUCCUUUGAUUAAGAAGGAAAAUGCAGCAAGAAGGAAGGUUUUGGGGAAUAAUGCCAACUUUUCAAGAGCCAAAGCAUGUGUUAGUUUGCAUGAAGAUGCUAAAAUGUAGUCCAAUACUAUGAAAGUAAAUAACUAUAAAUUAUUGAAAACUGCUCAUUUGUACACCCAGAUGUUGUGUAAACUGUGUUUUAUGCAAUGUGAAACCUGUACUUUAAUUGUAAUUCUGCCUGGCCUUUCCGUGGGAUGCAGUAGAGUAUGAAAAAUGUACAUUCUCUACAAGAUCCAGCCUCCUCUGUAAUUCAGCUGUAAAAAAACCUUAAAAACAAUAAGUUUCUGUGUGUGCUUUUAUGAUGAAUGUGAUCAGUUUGAUCCAUUGGGGUGCCGAAAUGUUAAUGGAACUUAAAGCAUCAAACCUCAGUGGUUGAGGUGAAAAACUAGUGUUCCUCAAUGAACAGAAGUUACUUAGGCUGUUUACAAUACAGUACAGUAUCUGUUAUCCUGUCACUAGAAUUUCUCAAAUGCGUUUACGGUGUAAUCUUUAAAUCUUCCAAGUGAGAAGUAAUUUGAAUAUUGGCAGUCACUAGCUAGAUCAGGCAUUUCUCAACUGUUUCUCUUUUAAGGGGUCUUGUAAAUAAUGAGAAGUUUGUUGUUUCUGUAUCUGGAAGGUCACAUACAAACUAUAAACUGAAUGGCCUAGAAUGAACACUUUGUAAUAGGCUACACAAAAUUGUACUGGUUCUUGGGUAUGACCAAUUGACUUUAAGAAUGCUUUGGUGUGUGUUUGUUUGUUCUAAUAACUGAGUUGACCCGUGGUGCUUUUAGAAGAAAACGUUUGGGGCUUCUGUUUGGCAGUCUGGAUUUAGAUUUGCAGUGUAGUAUAAUUAUUGCCACAAGAUGGUGCUGUGGUUUAGACAAAAGUGUUGUUUUUACUCUCCCCUUCUCUGUGAAUGCAAUGAACAUGAAAAACUAUCUUAAAUCAAGAUUUAUACCUUGUCUUUGGAUCAAAAGAUCCUCAAUAUCUGCUUCUAACAGAUUGCAGUAAUGAAGAACUACCCCUCCAUCUGCAACUUAUCCUAUAUAUGUUCAUAGGUUACAUGAUGGCAUGUAUAUAAACACAUGUUGCCAUGGAGAUCUCCCACUGGGAUGUUGCAUUGCACUUCAAUUAGCAGAAGAUCAGUCUCCAUUCAAACUCCAAAGAAAUGUGUGUAUUAUACAGCACCAACAUCACAUCAGAGAAUAAAAUAGCUAUGUGGCUUGAAUUGCCAAAAUGGUUACAAUCAAGUGUGUUUCCUUAAUUUCAAAGUGACCUGAAACUGAGUCAAUAUUGAGAUUCUUGAAGUAGCUAGGUAUGAGUCCCUAGAUACAAGUCAUAGUCCAAUUUCAUAGAAUCACAGAAUCAUCUAAGUGCGACCCUCUGCAGUGCAGGAAUCUCCACUAAAGCAUCCGUGACAGAUUCAACCUCUGCUCAAAAACCUCCAAGGAAGGAGAGUCCACUACCUUCCAAGGUUCUACUGUCAAACAAUUCUUAUCAUCAUAAAGUUCUUCCUGAAUUAGUCGGAAUCUCCUUGUAUUUUGAAGCCAUUGGUUUAGAUCAUACCCUCUGGAGCAGGAGAAAACAAGAACAUUUGCAACUUGGGGGCUCUUGAAAGUGGAAGUACAUGAAUUGCCUGUCAACGUCUUCAAAGGAAAGCUCAGCAUUGACGGUGACCAUCAGAUGUGACAUGAAUAAGAUAUUCAACACCUUGGCCAAUGACCUGCACCUCACAGAUUUAGGUACGUAGCAUGAAGAAAUAUUGGGCACACUGCACUACAUGUUUUUUGAGAGACAAGGUUGACUUCUUUGCUCAGAGGGAUGACAAUUAUGGGUGGCCAAAGGUAGGCACACUUUAAAAUCGCCUCGAACCCCACACAGGGUGAAACAUGGAACAAAAACAGUUAUCCAUAAGGAUACUUUUAGUUUUUACUUUUGCUUGUGCAAACAGCUUAGGGGGAGCUUCAAACUGGGAAAACGUUGCAGGGGAUCCUGGUCUUUCCUUAUGGUGCCUGUUUAACCUUUCAUUUCAUGAAAGAUCCCAAUCACAGAUCUUCCACAUCACAUGUAUUUUGGCCAUAAAUGAAGUAUGAGUGCUUAAAACGUACAUUGACCCUUAGGAGUACUGUAUGAGAAAAUUCUUCAGCUUAAAACACCUACAGAGCUUCACAGCUCAUGGAUAUGCCAAGUGCCUUAACAG